CCCGAGUUCGCAGCUUAUCAACGCCACAUCGACCCGUGGCUUCUUCGGUCGUCUGACCCUUUGACACGCGAUUUAAGAUGUCUAAUGUCCCAAAUGCGUCCCAGUCGGAAUGUAUAAACCACUUCUUUUUUUUAAUCUCUUAAUUGCUGUAAGAGGUCUGGCAUGUAACUUUGAUAACGGCCUCUGUGAGUGGUUUACUGUUCAAGACAGUACAGUGACCUGGAAACUCGGAAGCGGAACUACGAAGGAUCCUUCUUCUGGACCGGAUGGAGAUCACUCAGAUACCGGAAAUGGCCAGUACCUUUACAUUGAUGGCCACGAGUUCAUAAACUCGACUUUUGCUGCCGAGAUUAGAAGUCCGGAUCUGUACAUUCUUGAUAACACCACCGUGUCUUUCUGGUACCACAUGAAUGGGGUGGGGGUCGGAGAGCUGAGGGUGGUGCUAGCAGAUCGGUACGGGGGAACCAAAACAGUUUGGACAAAGUCUGGGAGGCAAGGACCGGGUUGGCAUCAAGCACAAGUCAUAUUGGAAGACAUUACUGCUUACAUUAUAUUUCAAGGAACAACCAGACUUCACUAUUCGUCCGACAUAGCUAUCGAUGAUAUCACAGUGUCUAGAGAGCCUUAUGAGCUCACACACAGCCCACUGUUUACAACGACCGUUACCAUGCCAACAACAACCACGGCACUAUUUCCAGUCUUGCCAAUUAUCACGCUCGAUUGCGCCUUCAACGCCGACACGUGCUCGUGGAUACAGGACUCGGCUGACCAUUUGGAUUGGCACAGAUGGUACGGACGAUCCCCUGAUCUUACUUCCGGUCCACAGGUCGAUCAUGCUAAUACAACGGAGUAUUACCUAUUGCUGAAGGGGCACGAAGCACAUAGUGGUAAUUGGACAGCCCGACUGUAUAGCCCUCACAUCAGUAUCAACAGCCCAAGAAACCUGACAUUCUGGUAUCACAUGAACGGUGCAGGGAUAGGAAACUUACGGCUAUACAAAGAAAAUGCGGACGGGUCCAAGGAAGAACUGUUUGUGAGAAAAGGACGUCAAGGCGUGUCUUGGGAACAAGCCAGUGUUAACCUUCCCGUUGGAUUUUAUAAGCUGGUGUUUGAGGCCGAUGCGGCCCGCCAUUACAGCAGUGAUCUGGCCAUUGACGACAUACGCCUACAGGACGGCCCGCCUCUGAUUGGAUAGAAUGGUUGCUAGGCGACAUGUGGAGAUUAUUUUGUGUCAAAAAAUUGGAUUGAAAAAUUUCAUCUGAUCAAUUACUAAUAGUAAUUAAAGACUCUGAACAAAACGAUUGAAAAGAUGAGGAAAAAAACAAA